CCGCCAUCGCCGCCACCGCCGUCAACAUCUGACCAGCUAAACAAAAUGCCAAGAAUUCUACAAAAAAAAUUCUACCAUUGCCUCCCUAGUUUCAAAUGCCUUCCCACAACUCUCUCUCUUCCUUUUGAAGAAACAGAGGAAGAAAAAACAGAGCAAAAAAAAACCAAAAAUUUCAACUCUGUUUUCGACAUUCCCAGCUCUGAUUCCGCUACCACUUCUAAAUCACUCACUAAUUCCUCCAUCGCAACUACAGAAGAAGAGGAUAACAACACUAAUUACAUUUUCACUUCUUUCGAAGAUUCCGAUUACACUAAUACUCCAGAUUUCUCAAAUAUCUUCGCUUCUCAACGAUUCUUCUUCUCUUCACCCGGUAACUCCAAUUCCAUAAUCGAUUUUCCGGUGGAAAAUCCCAAAGAAGUUGUCACCGGCGGCGUUGCUGUACAAACGUAUUCGCCCGACCCGUAUGCGGAUUUUCGAAGAUCAAUGCAGGAAAUGGUGGAAGCUCAUGAGUUGACGAACGGGAAAGCAAAUUGGGAAUUUUUGCAUGAACUUUUGUUAUGUUAUUUGAAUCUUAACCCGAAACAUACUCAUAAGUAUAUUAUUGGUGCUUAUUCGGAUCUUGUUGUUUCUCUUAUGUCUAUCGACGAUUCGGAAAAAAAGACGGAAGGUACAGCUAGGCCGUGUGAACAGACAACUAUCCUACUGUAAAAAAGUUUGAUGGAGUUGAUAUGUAUGUAUUUAUUAGGGCAUGAUCAUUCUAUUGAUUAAAUUCAUCGAGUUGUUUAGAAUGAUCAAAAGUCGUGGAUUUGUAUUUUCAAGAGAAGAAGAAGAAAUGAUGGUAUCGGGAGAAUAAGCAUCAACUAACAACUUUAAUCCAUGAGGAUCGCCCCAAUAAUGAUAUGAUAUCAAAAUUCAGAAGUUGAUUUAGAGUUUUGAGUUUAUAGAUUCUGAAUUUUGAUAGAUGCAGAGCUUAUUGGAUUCUCGAUAAAUUAUUUAUACAUAUUAAGUGAAUUUCUUAACAGAAAAGUACUCUAGAUAUUGUCCUAAGCUACUAAUUACUACUAUAGGGUUCUGUUGAAGCUGUAACUGGAACUCUAACUCCGUCCCUGUCCAAAGCUACUAUAGGGUUAUGUUGAAGCUGUAACUGGAAUUCUAGCUCCUUCCUUGUAUCAAAUCAUCGUUGGGUUAACUUUUUUUUCCUUUUUUUCUUUUAACUUUCUAAAUAUGUUUUUGAAAGUUAUAUUUAGUUUUGUGUAUUUUUCUUGAAAAGUUUUGUCUUUGGUGUGACAAAGUUGGACAUGUUUUCUUCUAAGAAGACAAAGUAGGAAAAAUCAAAAUCAAAAUUUAUAAGAAACCAAGUAAAGCGUGGUACGUUAAUAUUAUUAGUGCCUCGAUGCAUGUAA